AUGGAGCCGAUUAUUUCUCUCCGUAUCACCAAGACCACCGUGGGCCUGAUUGGUAUAAUAGGCAAUGGUCUCGUCUGCAUUGUCAUUUAUUUUGCCAAGUCCAUGCACACCAUUACCAACCUGUUUAUCUUCAACCAAGCCAUCGUGGAUUUCCUCGGUUGUUUGUUGCUGAUUCUCGGCAGUAACGUCCCGGUGCCCGACCCCUUGCCUCCCGGUCCGGCCGGCGCCUUCUUGUGCCGGGUCUGGAUAUCGGACGCCCUCCUUUGGCUGUCGUACUCUGCUUCUACCUUCAGCCUGGUAAUGCUUACAUUCGAGCGAUACUUCGCCAUCGUUUACCCGUUCAGAUACCGGGCGAUGUUUGCUCACGAGCGCCUAGUGCCAGGGGUGAUGAUCGCGGCGUCUUGGAUGAUUGGGGUCUUGGUGGCUAUAUACGGCGGUGCCAUUUUUGCUCCGGUGGACGACCACUGCGUCCCCGUGAACAUCCCCGGGGCUAGCGUGCUGGGCCUCCUCAUCAUCUGCCUGCAGUAUGCGCUCCCUCUCGUCUUCAUGGUCUUUGCUUAUGUAAGUAUCAUCCUGGAGUUGAGGCGGAGCUCAGCACGCGUCGGUGCCUUCGUGCCAAGUCAGGCUACCACGGGGGAGACAUCCUCAAAUCCUGACCCCAACCGGGUGCUGGAGCCUCGUCUACCGCACGACCCACUCCGUCGCGCCCGGCUCAACACCAUGGCCACCCUGGUGAUCAUCGCAGGGGCUUAUGUGGUUUGCUGGACACCCAACGAGGUCAUCUUCUUCCUCUUCAAUCUUGGUUGGCAACUGGACUUCUCCAGUCCCCUAUACGUCGUAUCAGUCGCUCUAGUUGCCAUCAACUCGUGUGUCAACCCACUCAUCUACGCCAUCAAAUACAAGCAGUUCAAGCGGGCCAUGAAGAUGCUGUUUCGGCGCGAGUCGGAGCUUUCCCAUGCGACCAUGGAGACAGAGAUGAACCCAUGA